AAAAUGAUAUAGGGAUCCAUAGACCCAAAUAUUGGGCCGUAAUGGGUACUGACCCGCCCCACUUACACAAACAGGAAAGCAAACCUAUGGAUUUUUAUUCAACUGAAGAAAUCGAGAAAACUGAGAAGAAGAAGAAUCAGUAUUGCUCCGGCGACUAGGAAUUGAAGCAGUUUUACAAGGGUAAAAUGAAAUUCUGGGAUUGGUAUCUGAAAAUUGCUGUUGUUUCGGCCAUGAUUGGAGGUUCCAUGGAGUUUUUCAUGAUUAAGACUGGAUUUUAUGAUAAGGUGACUGUUCUAGAAGCGGAAAAGAGAGCAUGGGAGAAUUCUCCUGAAGCCAAGGCUGUAAGAGACGCUCUUAAUCCAUGGAGACAUCAGGAUGCAGAAGCAAGAAAGGAUUCUUAGCUCUGUCACUUCGAUUAGCGAAUUAUAAGGCAACUCAGGGAUUGGCUUUGAAGGAAAAUUGUCCUGACGUAGUGCUAUUUUCAGCUUGCUCCUAUUGAUAUCUCUCAUCAAACGUUUAUUGAAGAGCAUGUUACAACUUACAACUGAUUGUUUCAUCAGCUUGGUUGUCACUUCACUUAGCAUGUGAUGAACAAGUUCUGUGAAGGCAAAAUUGAGACAUUUCAAAUUAUAAAACUUGUGGAACCCUACUUGUUGUUUUCCUUGAUCUCUCAAGAUUAGUACUCUGCUUUCUUGGAUCUGCAUGGGUAAGAGAAACAAUCAGUGGCACCUCUGAGAAAAAUAAUGGACUAGAUAGCCAUUUGACAAUAUGUAUUUAUUCCACUAAUUUUUUAUUCUCUCCCCUUCUUUUGUGUGUGAGAAAGGGUUGAUUUAUACCUUUGCUCCUCUCAUAGUUCCUUAAAAUGCUGAACCACAGAAGACUAUUCUCAUG